AUGUCUGCUGCUUCUCAGUCCAUCUAUGAGAACGAGACGGAGGAGGCAAUGUCUGCUGCUUCUCAGUCCAUCUAUGGGAACGCGAAUAAGGAGGCAAUGUCUGCUGCUUCUCAGUCCAUCUAUGGGAACGAGAAUAAGGAGGCAAUGUCUGCUGCUUCUCAGUCCAUCUAUGGGAACGAGAAUGAGGAGGCAACGUCUGCUGCUUCUCAGUCCAUCUAUGGAAAUGAGACUGAGGAGGCAAUGUCUGCUGCUUCUCAGUCCAUCUAUAGGAACGAGAACGAGGAGGCAAUGUCUGUUGCUUCUCAGUCCAUCUAUAGGAACGAGAACGAGGAGGCAAUGUCUGCUGCUUUUCAGCCCAUUUAUGGGAACGAAAAGGAGGAGGCAAUGUCUGCUGCUUCUCAGUCCAUCUAUGGGAACGAGACUGAGGAGGCCAUGUCUGCCUCUUCUCAGUCCAUCUAUAGGUACGAGAACGAGGAGGCAAUGUCUGCUGCUUCUCAGUCCAUCUAUGGGAACGCGAAUAAGGAGGCAAUGUCUGCUGCUUCUCAGUCCAUCUAUGGGAACGAGAAUGAGGGGUCAAUGUCUGCUGCUUCUCAGUCCAUCUAUGAGAACGAGACGAAGGAGGCAGUAUCUGCUGCUUCUCAGCCUAUUUAUAAGAAGGAGACUGAGGAGGCAAUGUCUGCUGCUUCUCAGUCCAUCUAUGGGGACGAGAACGAGGAGGCAGUAUCUACUGCUUCUCAGGCUAUUUAUAAGAAGGAGACUGAGGAGGCAAUGUCUGCUGCUUCUCAUUCUAUUUAUGAAAACGAAAACGAGGAGAUGGUGGCUGUCGUUUUUCAGUCCAUUUACCGAAAAGAGGAUGAUUAG